AUAGAAAUAAAGCACACCCUGUGAAACCGACGCUUUAUAUGUCAUUGUCAUGUACACGUACAGACGUUCUUUUUUGACGUUUUGUACAUUUUGACGUUUCGAUAUAUAUAAUAAAAGUUGACUAUCGAAAAUAAGGAAAGUCAGUUCCCGCAGCAAAUUAAAUUUAAAAAUAUAAAACUAUGAUAAAGUGAAUAUUUCUGAAAGAAAAAUGUCCAACAUAAGCAUAGAUAUUGAAAGAACGUGUCGUUGCUGCCUUGCUGAAGGCAUGCAUCAACUAAGCAUCAACAAUUUCUUGGAUACUGAUGCUUCGAAGACUAUUGCAGAAGUGCUGAUGGAAUGUACAUCAAUAAAUCCGCAUGAUGAUCUACCACAACUAAUUUGCGUUGAUUGUAUGCAGAAAGCAAAGGAAGCAAUUAACUUCAAAGAUUUGGUGUCACGAAGUUAUAUCCAUUUACGAAAUUACAUGAAUGAAAAUAGUAUGAUAAAAACGGAAAAUGAAAUAGACUUAAACGACGCAGACUUAAUUCCAGAAUUGGUUCAAGUUCCUGGCUAUGCACAAAAUGAUUUGCUUGAUGAAAAUACUGGCGAUGAACUUUUCAAGGCAGAAAUAGAAGAUACUGCCAAAGAAUCGGAAUCGGAACCCGAAGAAGAUCUCCGCCUAGUUAAUAAUGCGAAAAAGGUUAACGGCCGAUACAAGUGUGAGCUAUGCGAAAAAACAUUGGCUGAUCGACGAACGUUUCUCUUGCACGUUAGACUCCAUUUGGGCAAAAAUUUGAAACAUUGCGAAAUUUGCAAUCGUGGCUUCGCAAAACAAAAUCAUUUGGAUCGACAUAGAGCUACACAUUCACGAAUACAUCCAAGUGAAAUUAUCGUUCAAGAACAAGACCCAUCUAAGAAUAAACGGACUCGUAAAAAGUGUCUACCGAAAUAUGAGCAAAUUUCAACACAUGAUGCGGUAAGUGAAGAAAAACACGAGGAAAAAUUAAGCAUACACAUUGAUGAAGAGGAAUCACAAUUGUUGAAUGCAGCAAAAGAAGUAAACGGUCGAUUACAAUGUCCGAUUUGCCCAAAGACAUUGAGUCAGCGAAAAAUACUGAAACUGCACAUUCGCAGGCAUGUCGGCAAGAAUUUGUUGCAUUGUAAAAUUUGUGAUAGAAGCUUUGCAAAGGGUUCUAAUCUUCGUAGACAUUCUUUAUUGCACUGCACAAUGGAUAGUGACGAAGAAGACCGAAUUAUCAAGAAUGCAACACAAAAUGAUGGUCGUUACUGUUGUCCAUACUGUACUAAAACACUGAUCGACCGUCAAACAUUUCGACUCCACAUUCGUUUACAUGUGUCCAAACUAUUCCUGCGAUGUGAUAUAUGUAAUCAGGGUUUCGGGGAUAAUGACAAACUCCAAGAACACAUGGCCACACAUGGUGAUCAAUUUUCAUGCAAUAAAUGUGACGAUUCAUUUAAAACCUAUCACGAACGGAAGAUGCACCUAAAAACGGUUCAUGGAACGGAAGAAACUUUCAACAUUUUGAAAGACGAAAUCCAUGGAACAAUGAAUAACAAAGAUAAUGAAGAAGACAACGACAACGACGAUCGUUGUGAUGAUGACGAUGAGGACAAAAAUGUCGUGCAAAGAUCUAAUGUCGUUAAUGGUAGAUAUGAAUGCGAAUUUUGUAAGAAGACCUUGGCAAACCGAACGACAUUGAAAUAUCAUAUAAGAUUGCAUCUACAAAAGCAUCUACUCAAAUGUGAAAUAUGCGACCAAGGAUUUAGUAAAAAGAGCCAUCUCAAAAGACACCUUGCAACCCACACAAAGAAAAGGCAACUAUGCAGAUAUUGUGAUGCUAUAUUUGAAACAUACGAAGAACGAAAAACGCAUACUGCGGCCGUUCACAAGAAAGCCGUGCAAAAUCAGACGAACAAAACAUUUAUUACAAACUGGACGCAGCCCAACGGAUCGAAACAAUGUAUUUGUAUGAUAUGCGAUGCGUUAUUUGAUCAUAUUUAUGAAUUGGACGGUCAUAUACAAAGUCAUUUACAAGAUCCACAAUCUUUUCAUCACAUUGAUUUUACUAAUAAAAACGAAAUGUUGUCAAAGUUCAACAACAUCAAUUACAAUAGCGAAAACAUUGGUGAAAUGUUACACAAGACAUUGCAACAAAGUCCACAACAAAUCUCGAAAAUUUAUCGAAUAUCCAAUUCAAACGGAUGGGAGCUAUCGCUAAGUGAUUCCGAAACUGAUGACGAGCAAGAUUCAAAGUCAAUUAGAAUGACCAAAUACGAUUGUGGCCAAUGCACGCAAAGCUAUGAUCGUGUUCAUAAGCUAAUGUGUCACAUGAAAGUGGAUCAUGAUCAACGAUUCAGGGAUUACAAGUGUUCGUAUUGUAUGCAAUGUUUUCCAAACUCUGUUAUAUUAGCGAAGCACGUGCGGCAACAAUGCGAAAAUGAAUACAAAAAUAUCACAUGCAGCAUGUGCAACUGUAAAUUUCUGUGGGAGGCCAGUUUAGAAAGACAUUUAACGGUUUAUCAUGAAACUGAGAAAAAAUUUAUCGAUGAGAUUCAGAAAAAUUCCAAGCCAUUCAGUUGUAAACAAUGUCCACGAUCAUUUUUGACGGAGGGACAGUUAAGUGCGCAUGCACCCCACCAUCUGCCCCGCCCGAAACGAUUUUCGUGUGAAAUAUGUGAAAAACUCUUUUCUCGUUCAGACAACUUGAAAUCUCAUAUGAGGGUUCACUUGCCAGCUGAACUAAGGCCAGAUAUAAAUAAAAAACAUCUGUGCCCUUAUUGUGGACGUAGCUUUACAAACUCCAGUAACCUUACGGUGCAUAUACGAAGACAUACCGGUGAGCGACCAUACAAGUGCAAAUUUUGCGAUGCCAGAUUUCCCCGGUCAUCUGAUUUGACAUGUCACAUCAGAAUUCACACAAAAGAAAAGACAUGUGUGUGCAAUGUUUGUGGAAAGGGUUUCACGCGAUCAAAUAAACUAGUUCGCCAUAUGAGGGUCCACACCGGCGAAAGGCCAUAUAAAUGCUCUCAGUGCGAUCGUGCAUUCACACAGUCUAAUGACCUUACCCUCCAUCUUCGUAGACAUACUGGAGAAAAGCCAUUCGGCUGCUUGGACUGUGGAGAACGUUUUAUCACAAACAGUUUAUUGCAACAACAUCGGCGUACAGCCGGACAUGUGGAUCAGCACUCAAAUAAUUCAAGCGCUCCGUUACCCACAAAUAGUGUCAACAACCCACAUCGAAAAUGGAAUCCAGAUGAUGGAAAACGGACUGGAAUUACUGCCAUUUUAACUAAUAAACUAAAAUAAUUUUGGGUGUGUUCUCGUUUAUUCAUAAUUCGAAAGUAAAUGAAUUUUUUUCACUUGAAUUUAAAA